CUCAGCUCCCAUUUUCUUUCACAGUCACAGAGCUACUUACCACCUGUGAAUAGCUUUGCUCCGCAGAGAAACGUAAGCAAGAAAACGACAAUUACAACACAAUUAUCCUGCUUCAAACAUCUUUGUAAUUGGGUUUUUGGUCUUUCGAGAUUAACACAAAAGAAUGGGGCAGAUCAUUAACAUUUUGCAUGGAUUGAAGCCUUUAAUAUUGAUGGUGGUGGUUCAGGUGGUGUUUGCUGGAGUUAACGUGUUGUACAAGUUGGCAGCCAAUGAUGGAAUGAGCUUGAGGAUCAUCGUCGCUUAUAGAUUCAUAUUUGCCACGGCAGUUAUGGUUCCUCUUGCUCUCAUUGUUGAAAGGGAGAGGCCAAAACUGACUUGGACUGUACUGGUUCAAGCAUUUCUUUGUGGGUUAUUUGGGGGUUCACUAUCUCAAAAUUUGUACAUUGAAAGCCUGGCCUUAACAUCUGCAACAUUUGUUUCUGCCAUGACUAAUCUCAUUCCAGCCAUAACUUUCAUCAUGGCCGUCACUUUUGGCUUGGAAAAGCUAGCUUUUGGAACAAUGGCAGGGAGGGCAAAGGUGUUGGGAACAUCAAUUGGAUUAGGUGGGGCAAUGCUGCUCACUUUUUACAAAGGAGUCCAAAUUAAUAUGGGAUCAACCCAUCUUGAUCUUCUUCCUCAUGGCAGCCACGGGGCUGUUUCACCACAACCUGCCUCUGCCCAUCAUCAAUUUGGCGCUUUGCUGGCUCUUACCAGCUGCAUCUCUUACUCUCUAUGGUUGAACAUUCAGGCUAAGAUGAGUGAGAAAUACCCAUGUUAUUACUCAAGCACAGCAAUGAUAUGCACAAUGGGAGCCAUACAAGCCAUUGUUUUUGCACUUUGCAUGGAAACAGAUAGGAGCCAGUGGAAAUUAGGCUGGAAUGUUAGGCUUUUAACUGUUGCCUACUCGGGAAUUUUGGGAUCAGGGUUGAUGUAUAGCUUGAUCACUUGGUGUGUGCGAAUGAGAGGUCCCCUUUAUGCUUCUGCUUUUAACCCAUUAAUGCUUAUCUUAGUGGCCUUUGCUGGCUCAUUGUUUCUUGAAGAAAAGCUUUAUCUUGGAAGCAUAAUAGGAGCAGUGCUAAUUGUGAUGGGGCUGUAUGUUGUGCUGUGGGGAAAAGGGAAGGAGAUGAAGAAGAUGAAUCAGUUAAUGCCAUCAAUCAAAAGUUCUACAGAAAAUGGACCCAUCGAGAUUAUAGCUACUUCUACAGAAGACAGCAUUUCCAUUAAUAACAAUGUUAACAGUAUUGUGGCCAGUAAAGAUUCACCAAAGGAAGAGAAAUAG